CCGAGCGCCAAGCGCGGGCAGCGCGGCCUACGCCGACCCCGGCGCUGCGCAUCGGGCGGUGGAGGGAGAGCAAAGGUCUUUCUCCUGAUUCCUCUGGGCCAGGACCUCUCAGAGACCUCCCGGACUGGAGUUUCGUGGAUGGUCGUCCCUCCCCGCUCUGGCGGGGACAGCUACGAAGGCUCAAGGAGAACGAGGAGAUGGCGCGCCGAGUCCUGAAGCUCUCGAAGGCUCUGGAUGUUGCCAAGGCUAAAAAAGAAGCAACUGGAGAGAUCCAAAUUCCUCAACUGCGGCCCAAGGGCUCCCAGUACAGACCAGUACAGAGCACCG